AUGUAUUGCGAUGGACUAUUUACUUUUCAGGACAAAAUUCAGAUAUUGAAAUGGACAAGUAAAAAGGUAGGAAAGUGUUUAUUUAAUAGUGACGUGAAUAAUUGUGAAAAGGAUUUAUGUGAUUUCUCAGAAGCUGUUUCUAUGUGUGACAAUGGGUUUCUCAUAGUCAUACAGGAUUUAACACAAAACCUAUUUGGUGUGUGUGUAUCCAUGCGAGUCAAUGCGGAAGGGAUGUUUGUGAAAGAUGACGACUGUUUUGUGUUUGUGAUGCGACAAUUUGGUUCAGUGAAUUAUGAGAAGUAUCACAUAAAAGACCGGAUGAAGAACUUCGCGUUUUUUAUUGGGAGAAAAUGUGACAAUGUAGUCUUUGAUGCCGGCAAUGGUGAUGUCACAGUCUUGAAAAAAAAUCGGGCUCAUAUGAUUCUGUGUCACUGUGGAAUAAAUUCGUUUAAUUACAAAGAUAGGAAAACAACUCUCUGUUGUAAUGAGUAUUCUGGAGUAAUGGAAAUCAAGAGGUACAUCUUAUUUAAAUUAGAAAGAAAGUGA